GCCUUACUUAAAAUGGACAGUAUAGAACAAGAAGAGACAAUCUCUCAGCCCACUGCUCUCCAUCCUGAAGACUCCCAACACUCUGCUAUAAAGACUUCAGUCCAGAUUAAACGGGCCAAGAAGAAGAAGAAAUAAGCGCUCUAAUCGGCCAAAACAGAAAAAUCAACAAGAUAAUAGCCAAGAUGACCCUAACUUCGGUCUGGGUAAGGACAACCAUGAGCAUGAUGAGAGCAACUGGGGGAACUAUGAUGAGCACAUACUCCAACAGUUCUCUAAGAGACCCAGCAAAUCAGCUCUGUUUCAUAGUAAGAAAAAUCAGCAAGAGCAAGAAUCCUUCGGAGAGAGUUCCAAAAAACCCAUGAAUUCUGAUUUCAGACUGAAAUCAGUUGAAUACACCAACGUGCACAGGGAAACAAUCUCCUCUAAGAUGCAUUCAAUUGAUAACUUCGAAGAGAGGAAGAACAACAUUUGUGAUUGAUGAAGCAAUAGGUCUAAUUCACAUAUAAUGUCACCUAUGGACUCUUUCCUCAGGAAAAAGAACUAUAACCCUAAUAUGGGAAGUCCAAGUAGAGGCCAGCUAUGCGGUCUAACAAGUCUGAUAACUCCUUCUGGCACUAUUGGAGAAAGGUCUAUGGAAUCUAAACCGGCUUAUUGGACUAAUUCUAGAAAUAAUAGGCUACAAAAAUCCUCAAGAACCAAGACACUUAAAAUGGAAGAUAACGAAGGAAUCAUCCAACACAACAAGGACUACAACGAAUACCUUGACAAAAGAAUGAGGAGGAUCUUCUUUAAUUCUCCAAAUAAGGUCGUUGUUAAUGAAAACUGGGCCAAUAAUGAAAAUAUGUUUCAAAAAUAACAAUGUGUUCACUCCAGAUAUGACCAAGAGAGAUACCUUCCAAGAUGACUUCAGAAGUAGGACAACAAACACUUCAAAUAUGCAAAAUAUUAGCUUUCUGAAAAAUAAAAUUUUGCGCAAAAGACUCGUGAAAUCAGGCACAACGAAAAAUCUCUACAAAAAUAGCCCUCAAAGAGGACUAGUGAUCCAUAAGCUCUAUGACAAAAGGGAAUGAGAGGGCUUCAUUAAGCAAGAGGGGUUUCUAAAUAACGCACUCCCAGAUUUCUUCUCUAAGACUAAAAAGAUAGACACGAGCGAUGAGUUCAGAAUAAACUACUCAAGCUUUUUGAAACACAUAAUGAAAGAUGAGUCCAUGGAGAAGAGUAGGAGUAUGCCAAAGAUCAAGUAUGCAAAGUCUGCUGCUCAGACUUCCAGGUUAAAACAGAGCACUCUCCUCAACGUAGCUAAUAGACUUGUCAAAAAGAAUGAAGAGGCACAUGAGGACUCUGAAGAUAAAAAUGAUCAAGAAGAGCUCAAAAUACAGUACAAUAGCCACAAACCAGCCUUGCUCAACUAUAUCAAGUUCAAGGUGAUGAAAGGGGAAAAUGCUAGAACUGUUAGAGAGCCAUGUGAUGGAUAUAAGAUCAUUGAAAAUGCAUAUAAAAAUAUCAAGAAGAAAAAGAGCAAAGCUCCUUUCAUCAAGAAAACAAAUUUAGAAGAUGAGGAGUUAUUAUCUCAAUCACAGAUUUUCUUGUCAAAAACCGCGAAAUUUCAAUCACCUCGUUCUCCAAACACGAAUGCAAAGGACAGGGCUCUGAUCAAGAAAUACGUGUCUAUAAACAUCAAGAACUAACGAAUAGCCUCAUAUGCAUACCCUAGGUGGCCAAAUUAUCUGA